AUGUGCCACACCAGCUGCUCCUCAGGUUGCCAGCCUGCCUGCUGUGUGUCCAGCCCCUGCCAGCCCUCCUGCUGUGUGUCCAGCCCCUGCCAGCCAUCCUGCUGCAAGCCUGUUAUCUGCAUUCCUGUGAGAUACCAGGCCACCUGCUGUGUGCCCAUGAGCUGCAGACCCACUGUGUGCAUGACUCCCUCCUGCCAGUCCUCUGUGUGUGUGCCUGUGAGCUGCCGGCCUGUCUGCGUGACCUCCUCCUGCCAGUCAUCCGGGUGCUGCCAGCCCUCCUGCCCCACUCUGGUCUGCAGACCCUCCUGCUGCUGA